UCACUCCAUUUCAACUUGAUGUCCUUCGUGAAUCUUCAUCUGUGUUCCUUUUCCAGCCGCUUCUCGAUCAGAAGAAAUCAUGGCAGUCGGUAAAAAUAAGGGGCUCUCGAAGAGUGGCAAAAAAGGAGUUAAAAAGAAGGUAGUUGACCCAUUCACCCGUAAAGAUUGGUAUGAUGUCAAAGCCCCGUCUAUGUUCACUAGCAGGCAAGUUGGUAAAACUCUAGUAAACCGUACCCAGGGUACCAAAAUAGCAUCAGAAGGUCUUAAAGGGCGUGUGUUUGAGGUCUCUUUGGCUGAUCUUCAAAAUGACAAUGAUGCUGACAGGUCAUUCAGAAAAUUCAAGCUCAUUGCUGAAGAUGUCCAAGGACGUAACGUUCUUACAAACUUCCAUGGAAUGGACUUGACUACCGAUAAACUUAGGUCAAUGGUAAAGAAAUGGCAAACUCUGAUUGAAGCUUCUGCUGAUGUAAAAACCACAGAUGGGUAUUUAUUAAGAGUAUUCUGUAUUGGAUUCACGAACAAGGACCCUGCCUCCACAAGGAAGACUUGUUAUGCUCAACAUACACAGGUCAAGGCAAUCCGUAGGAAGAUGAUUGAAGUCAUCAACCGUGAUAUCGGACAUAGCGAUUUGAAAGAAGUCGUCAACAAAUUGUUGCCCGAUUCUAUUGCUAAGGAUAUCGAGAAGUUGUGUCAAGGAACCUAUCCCUUGCACGAUGUUUACAUUCGUAAGGUUAAGGUAUUGAAAAAGCCACGUUUUGAUCUUUCCAAGCUGUUGGACCUCCACGGAGACAGCGGCAAAGGUACUGAACAAAGUGCUACUGGAGAGAUAAUAGACAAGCCCGGUGGCUAUGAACCACCAGUGCAAGAAUCUGUAUAGAAAAUGAAAUAAAAGGUUUUUUACCAUAA